AUGGAGGUUCUUGCGAAAAAGAAGAAGAGAAAGAAGGCUGAAACGAGCGAACCAUCAGAUGAAGUUACUAUAAACCGAAAUGUGAUCAUCGCCUGGAUCGUGGCAACUAUCGGGCUUUUUCUCUUUUCUAUCAUAAUUCUAAUAAUUUGUUGCUGUGAUAGAAAACGUUACAAGGAUAAGAUAAUUCAUUUGGAAUCGAGUAUUUCGACAAUUGAAGCAAGUCCAAUGGUGAUUCAUACAGUAGCUGCAAAUGAAGUAGUUGUCUUGAAAGAUAAGGAGAAUAAAGUUGCUUCGAAAGAAAGUCAAAAGAAACCAAUAGUUGAGAGUAAAAUGGAGUCGGUGGUUGAUGAUGAAACGAGAAAAAAGAAAAAGAAAACAAAGACUAAACAGAAGAAGCGGGAAACGGUUACGGUGGAGUCGACACAAGAUGAUGAGAAAUCUAGAACACUCGCGACUGCAACUGGAAGAGCAAGAACACGGACUGCGCAUACUGCAACUGGAGGAACUACAGUAGGAGGGAAUACUGUAGGAAAAGAAGAAGAAAGUGAUGGAGAUCGUUCUGUCUACCCAAUUCCACAAAUAACAACUGGAACAGAAGGAACUGCCGGAACAGCUGAAAUACAACUUGCUCCGAAAAGAUACUAG